AUGCCAGGGAACGUGAAGGGGCCAACACAGCACAGGCGCAGACUGAAGGCGCAGCUCGACGCCAUCGAGAGACAGGCCAACGUUGCCUACAACCUGGAUCACACCAAGACCCGAAUCAAAGAGUUAGACAUGGAUGCGGUCAUCGCCGCUAUCCACGCGAACAGCACGAACAUGGUUGCUCAGCUGUCGGCACUGGCGGCGCAGCUCAACAAGCUACGGCUGUGCAUGAACCAGCAAGGGCUCCUAAGUGGCAAGGACGGCAGCAGGGCCAGCACCGAAGGUGGGGAGGUCAUCCCGGCGGUCGACAAUGGUAAGGACCGCAACCGUGUCAGGGUCAAGACCAGGUUCGAGACGGAAGUCGAGACCAUCGUGCGCAGGGACUCCGACGACCAGCUGACUGAAGGGCCUCUGCCAGAGUUUGAGGCCGCCAUCUGGGCAGCCAGCGGUUAG